AUUUGAUCGGCGAUUUCUCCGGAGCCCCACAAGAAAUGUAUCGUGUUGUUGCCCAAAAAUCGUACUGGUUACUGCUGUACGUUCUCAAUACACGCAUGCUCUGAGUGGAUCUUGUCGAGCAGGCAUCGUACACCACCUUCUUCCUCAUCUUGUAGACUUCCAGUAGCUCACAAUUAUCUUCAAAUCUCAGAUUAACGAUUAUCCCGAGCGCCCAGAUUUCCAAACGGUAUGCCCGGUAUGGACGGUCCCUCGCCUUCCCCAAGUACAAUGCCUCCACCGGCUUCUGGGGGAAGCAAAAGGCCACGAAACUCCAAUGUCGCAACAUCUGGAGCUGGGCCUUCGCGUGUCAAGAGGAGAAAGGCUGAAGGCGCGAAUGAUACGGACUCAGUAACGGACGGUCGGACCCGCCCGGCGAAUAGUGGAUCUGGGCCGAGUAAAGGGAAGGAGGACGAGUGGGAUGGAGAGCCCGGAGAGAUCGUGACUAAGAUCGACUUUAACAACCUGCCUGUGGAAACAUUAUACAAAUAUCUCCAAGCUCAUGAUCUGUUACCAAGAUUCGAGCCCUCUCCUUGGUCAGAAGAACCUUGCAUUCCUCCCAACUCGCUGUACUCCGCUGCUCCUCUGGCAGCCGCUCAGGGCGAAGGAUCCCCUUCGAAAGAGCGGCCGAGCUCUCCUACGCCCUCCGUGAAGCUCGCCACGGCCGAGGCGACGCCGGCUCCCGGUUCUGAUCAGGUCGAACCUGGUCAGGGCACCAAUGGUCCAGAUCCAUUACCUCCUCCUGAAGGUUUAGGAACAGCCGACGGACAAGCUGAAGAGGGUAAUGUAGAGCCAACCGAUGAAAACAUGGAUGAGAACGUUCCGGCACCUCCCACUACUCGAUCUAAAACACUUCCCAUGCGUAGACCACCUACACCCCCGCCAAGGUCCCCAUCUCCGGUGGAUGUAAAACGAGGAGUCAUCACUUUGUCGGAUGUGGAGGCUGCACGUGCCGUCCUGGCCGAGAAAGCCAACGCUCACUGGAUAAAGGGUCUUGGCGGUGGACAAAACAAGGAAGGGGAAACCAUCGUCAACUUUCUGUAUAAAUUAAAAGCUGGACCUACCCGUCUGCUGAGAGUCUACAAUCCUUGGCCAGCAACAUGAAAGCUGGCUCUCGUAACAAGCUAUCCACUUUACGAUCUGCCAGUCGAGACGGCAUCGGUCUGCAUAGGGGGAUCAUACGGGGGAGAUGAAUUCUUGUGGCUCAUUUCAGGAAUCCACGGUCGUUCUUGGACACUAAGGUACCCGGGUUUGCUGCUCAUGAGCUCCGAUUUUAUCUAAUCUGAGCGGUGAUUGAGCUAAGGAUUUCCGUCGUCGAGCCAGUCUGAUUAGGGACGAACUCGGUCCGGCCUCCAAGUUUUUGAGUGACCCAUUGAUAUUCGCUCUCCGUUGGUAGCUCGAAUUGACCGAAAGCGGCCGUUCCUCCGCCGGCGGUCUCCUUCAGAGCUGUCCAUUUUACCUCCGGCGCAUCAAUUCGGAAAGGAUGUAGCCGCACCGGGUCCCCGCUCGCUGUGAGUGCUUGACCCAAGUCAUCAAUCGAUUUCUUGCAGAA